AUGGAUAAAAGUUGGAUGACAAUAGGUAAGACACUUGAUGGCAGAUUAAGUCAUCCAUAUAUUGAAGGGGUCAAUGAAUUUAUUAAUUUUGCAAGGGCGAUUGUGGACUUGAGUGCUAAUAUUUCGUGCCCGUGUAUUCCUUAUGUGAAUUGCUAUCGACAAUCUCUUCAUACUGUGCGUAUCCAUUUGCUUCAUCGUGGGAUUAUGCAAUCUUACACUAAAUGGUAUAAUCAUGGAGAACCUUGUGUAUUGAACAAGAACAUUCAUGAUAAUGAAAUGUUAGAUGGUGAUCAUAUGGAUGGUAUCGUUGCCUUGGUAGGUGAUCGAAUUAGAAGGGAACCAAGAAAUGCAACCCAAGAUGAGGAAGUGCGUAAUUUUGACAAAUCUGAGGAAGAUACAAAGCGUGAGUUGUAUCCGAGUUACACUGAUUAUACUAUCUUGAAGUUUGUUAUUGAGAUAUUGAAUGUAAAUAUAAUAACCAACUUGAGUAAUAAGGGACUUGAUAUGAUGCAAGAAUUGCUGAUAAAGGUUUUGCUGAAAGGUAACUUGGUUCUGAGGUCAACUUAUGAAGCAAAUAAGAUAUUACGUGACUUGGGCAUGUCAUACGAGCAUAUAGAUGCAUGCAAAAAUGAUUGUGCACUAUUUUGGAAGGAAAAUGAAAACCUUGAUAAAUGUUCGGUGUGUGAGGUGCCUAGGUACAAGGAUAUACGUGCCCAAGGUAAGAAGAUUCCUCAUAAGGUAUUGCGUUACUUCCCGUUGACACUGAGACUGAGGAGAUUGUACAUGUCAGGCCAAAGAGCUAACGACAUGAGAUGGUAUAUAGACAAAUGUGUGGAUAAUGGGAUAAUGAGGCAUCUGGCUGAUAAUGAGGAGUGGAAGGAGUUUGAUUUACAACAUCCUAAUUUUGCCCUCGAACCUUGCAAUCAAAAGAGAUCUUUGGAGUUAUCAGUGGGAAAGAUACAAGAGCAGCUAGAUAGAAUGCCUAAUAUAAUUUUAGGAAAGCAUCCAAGUAACAAGAAGAGACAACUUAUUGGGGAGCCAAAUUGGUCAUUGAUGAAUAGAUUGAAAGUUAACGAGUUAUCAAAAGCUACUAAACAGUUAUGGUCAUUAGCAAAUGGUCCUAAGCUGCAUGUGAAGGAGUACACAGUUUGUAUGGUUAAUGGUGUAAAAGGAGUUUUUGAUGUCUCGGAAGUUGGAGGUGGAGAAUCCAAUGAUAAUACAGAAGAUAGUGAUGCAUUCCAACGAGAAACGAUUGUUGAUGUUGUUCCUUAUAAUGUUGAAGACAAUAUUGAGUAUUGUAUGGGUGAUGUUGAAACUGAAGUUGUUCUUGAAGGUGGAACUUCAAGAGAUGCUAAUCAAAAUGAAAAGCAUGACAUACCUGAUAUUGAUCUUGAUAUGGAUUAUGAUAUGUAG